AAGGUUGAGAAAGAUGGACAUGUGCCUAAGAAGUGUCUAUCUAAAAUCAACCCUAGAGGAAAAAUUCCAUCUGUCCAAUUUUGGGCACACAGAUUGAAUUGGAAAAGCAGUACAGUGAACUGAUAGAAUUAACAGGAAUACGUAGAAAAAAAUUGGAAGAUACAGUCAACGCAUUUUCUCUCAUACAGGAAUCUUCAGAAAGAUCUUCUUGGAUUAAAGUGAAAGGAGCAUAUGUUCUGGAAGGCGAUAUUGGUGAAAGUGUAGAGGCUGUUGAAAUUAUGCAAAAAAUUCAAUGAUUUUCAGUCAGACCUUGCAGAAAUGAAAAUAAAGCUUAUAGGGAUAUUAAUGAAAACAUAAAAAUUAAUGCCCUUGCUUGAAGAUGAACUGAGACAGAUGAUAUCUAAUAAUACGGAGGAUAUGAAAUUCAAAAUGCAACAACUUCAAGAAAUCAGCAGUAACCGAGAUUUACAGUUAAGUUCUGUUGAUGACCUCCAAAGAUUUUACAGGGAUCUGGAUGAAACUGAAGACUGGAUUAAGAAGAAAGAUAAAAAACUCGAAGAUACUGAUACUGGCGAUAGUUUGAAAACCGUACGAACCUUGCUGAGAAAACACAAAGGCUUGGAGAAUGAAUUACGUGUCUUACUCUACAUGAUAAAAGAACUCGAGAAGACUGCAGAUCGGCUCAGCCACAAAUAUCCUAAGAAUGCCGAACAAAUAAAUACUAAACUAGAAAUAAUACACGAGAUGAGGAGUGAACUAUCAAUGAAGAAAAUGAACAGGAAGUAUGACCUUACUGAUUAUUUUGAGCUAUAUAAAUUUUAUGCAAACUAUGAUCAUAUAAAAGUAUGGAUGGACAGAAUGAUAGCAGAUCUGAACAGCAUAAUAUGCACACAGGAAUUUCACAGUGCAGGGAUCCUUGUGAUAAGGUUUGAGAAAAAUGUUUGA